AUGUCUGUGUUGGACCCCUGGAUGGUUGACAUCCGGAUUCUCAAGACUCACUCUAAGUCAAGCCUCUACGCGUAUAUCAUCUCUGUUCUCGGCCUCAUCACCAAGAUCUUCAAAAUUCCUGCCUCAAGCCAGACCACCAUCCUAAACGACACAACCCAAGUCACGAUGCCUUACCAGACAAGAGACUACACACAGUCGGCCUACUCGGUCUCGACCACGUGCUCAUACGAAAAGACGCCCCAAAAAUCCACCAAGACCAAGCGCUCCUUCAAGCAAAGAGUAAAGGACGCGGUCAAGGACAUCGGCUCAUCGCCAUUCGAAUACGACCAGAGGGAGAAACAGAGCUUUGCCUGGGCCGCAUCAAUGCCCCCAUCGAGGCUCUAA